UCAUCUACCGUCUUUUAGUAGGCUGUGUUAGGGACGUUUUGGAAGGAUACUCUAGGCGUAGGAUAUCGAUACAUUGGCGAAAAUUGUGUAGACCUACCGUCUAAGAAAUGGCAGACGCACAAUAUGGUGCCUAUGGUCAGCCUCCGACAGCCAGUCAAGGAGGCUACAACUACAGUGGGUAUGGUGCAGCUGAUACAGCAUAUGGAAGUCAACAGGGCUAUGCACAGCCAGCUUCUGGGGGAUACGAACAACAGCAGAGUCAGCAAGCUUAUCCUGGAUAUGAUCAAAAUGCUUAUGCAGGAGGAGCUGGUGCACCUCAGUCUCAGAAUCAACCCUCGUCACAGUAUGGUGCUCAGGCACAAUCUCAACCAAAUUAUGGUGGAAGCAGCAUGUCAAUGGCCUAUGGUCAGCAAGGAGGGUAUGGUCAACAGGGAGGGGAUAUGUCUGGUGCUUAUGGGCAGGGAGGUGGUUAUGAUCAAUCUGCACAACCAGGUGGUGUAGCAGGAAGUGGCUAUGGGCAGUCAGGAGGGGCUGUUCCAGAUCCAUACUCUCAGUCUGGGGGUUAUGGUGCUCAACAAACAAGUGGUGGCUAUGGGCAGCAGAGUCAGGGAGGCUUUGGUGGUGCUGGUAAUGGUGGUUAUAACCAAGGUGGUGGUGGAGGCUUUGGAAGCAGUGGUGGCGCAGGCGGAUUUGGAGGACGUGGCCCUAGAGGUGGUGAAGGCGGCUUCAACCAAGGAGGCAAUGGUGGAGGUUUUGGAGGUGGACGUGGGGGAGAUCGUGGAGGUAGCGGAGGAGGAGAUCGUGGAGGUGGAUAUGGUGGUGGUCGAGGUGGCGGCGGAUUCAACAAAUUUGGAGAUAGGGGUGGACGAGGCGGUGGCAGUGGUGACCGUGGCAGCGGUGGUGGUGGUGGGGGAUAUGGAGCUGGAAGGGAUAUGGAAGUACAACAAGACACAAUAUUUGUCUCCAAUAUGGGUCAAGAUGUAUCAGAAGAUCUUUUAGUUCAGCAUUUUGGCAGCAUAGGUGUGAUAAAGACUGAUAAAAAAACCAAUACGCCAAAAGUAUGGAUAUACAAGGACAAAAUGACCAACUUGCCAAAGGGGGAAGCUACAGUUACUUUUGAUGAUCCUGAUACUGCUAAAGCUGCUAUUGAUUGGUUUGAUGGAAAAGACUUCAAUGGGCGAGUAAUUAAGGUGGAACUAGCACAGAGACAAAGAAGUGCAUUUGGUCGAGGAGGAGGUCGAGGUGGUGGUGGCGGUGGACCACCUGGUAGGGGUGGUGGUGGUUUUGGGGGUAGAGGUGGUGGUGAUCGAGGUGGAAGAGGUGGUGAGCGUGGAGGUUUUGGUGGUAGUGGAGGUGGUGGCGGUAGCAUGGGCGGUGGUGGUGGUGGUGGUGGUGGCCCUGCAAGAGAAGGAGAUUGGACAUGCCCUGUUGAUGAUUGUGGAAAUACAAAUUUUGCAUGGAGAGACUCAUGUAAUAGAUGUCAUGCACCUCGACCUGGUGGUGGUAGCAGCAGUGGUAGUGGUGAUGAAAGGGGUCGUGGCAGAGGAAGAGGUGGUGGCGGCGGUGGCUUUGGGCGUGGUGGUGGAGGUGACCGCUUUGGUGGUGGUGGUGGAGGCCGCGGUGGAGGUGGUGGUGGUGGUGGAUUUAGAGACAGAGAAAGAGACGGUGGUGACAGAGGAGACAGGGGUGGAUUCAGAGGAGGCCGUGGAGGUGACAGGGGUGGAAGAGGUGGUGACCGAGGUGGCAGGGGAGGCUUUGAUCGCAACAGAGAUGACAGAAGAUCCCGGCCUUACUAAACAGACUGGCUUUUGUAUUUUUGUAAUCAAUGAAUUUUUUAGUUUCACUUCCAGUAUUUUUCCAUCAUGGAAAGGUAUACAUUUUGUACAAGUAUGAGUUUUAAUGUGACAUUUUAAUUUGGUAGGAUUUUUUCCAUUGAACUUAACUAGUUAAUGUAAUGUUUUUAAAUACUUAUCCAUUUAUUUGUCAUGCCUAUGUUGUUCAUUCAGUGUCAUUUCAUUACUUUCAUCAUGAUGCACCGUGAGAAUAUGUAUAAAUACAUCAUUGUACAAUUUUAAA